AACACUUUUUCGACAUGAGUCACAAGCAUUUGAAUACAUUAAGUAAGAAUAAUUACGCGCUGAUGGCCUAUGUUUCGGAGAUGCUUAACUUCAGAAUGAAUUUGACUAUGGCAGACACUUGGGGUUUCCCAGUGAAUGAAACAAAUAAUUAUACAGGCAUUGUGGGUCUUAUGCAACGUGGUGAAGUAGAGAUCGGAGCUGCUGGACUUCUGAUUAAAGAAACUCGCAUGGAUAUGGUAGACUAUGCUGGUGAAAUAGUCACAUUCAGGGGUGCAUUUAUGUUCCUGAAACCUUCUUUGUCUGAAGUGUCCAUUAUAUACUUUUUGCCAUUUAGCGAAACGGUUUGGAUUACAUUUACUCUUACAAUAGUAAUCUUAACAUUUGGCCAGGAAUUGUCAAAUCGUUUAUAUAGAAAAGCAAAUAAGUCGAAGAUUGGGGGACCAACAGAGUGGAGCGAAGCCAUAUUGAACUCUAUUGGCAUUGUUUGUGAACAAGGUUUAUCAAAUCCACCAGAGAAUGUUUCUUCGAGGAUAAUUUUCUUGUGUCUUUUAAUGUUCUCUGUCUUCGUACUCACGUCAUAUUCAGCUAUCAUUGUAUCCCUCCUCCAGACUUCCAGCGAUGCAAUCAACACACUAACCGAGUUGAUGGACAGUGGGUUUCAUUUGAGUAUGGAAGACAUCAGCUACAACACAAACUACGACACAACGGAUCCUAUUAUACAACGACUUUUCAAAGAGAAACUCUACGUGCGGCCAUACAAAGAAGCAUUCACCACACAGGAAGUAGGAGUUGAAAUGAUACGCGAAGGGCUCAAUGCCUUCCACGGAGAUGCAGGUGCUUAUAAAGUUAUGAGUGAUACUUUUGAAGAAUAUGAUAAAUGCAGGCUCAAAGAAAUUAAAAUGUAUUCUACAGAUAAACUCGCAUUUCCUGUUCGUAAGGGGUCUCCCUACAAGGAACAUAUCACACAGAGGGCGCGAUGGCUGAGAGAAAUUGGCUUAGUGGGCCGAGAAUAUAAACGUUGGUUUUAUCAGAAACCGAAAUGCGAUUCCAGCAGUCAAGGUUUUGUAUUAAUGGCCAAGUACUUGUCCCAGAAGAAUGUUGUAGCGAAAUUGCAAGAUCCCGCAGAAGAUGCAGACAUUUCGUCACUUCUCAGGACUGAGUACAGUCACACUGCUGUGAUUCUAGACCUUCAGUGUGAGGGCAGCAUUCUCUUCUUAGCAGAAGUAAUUGAUGAUGUGUGGGAGAACUUCUUUGAUAUGCGCUACAAACAUAUUAAUUCCCUGGGAAAAAGUAACUACAUGAUUAUGCUACUAAUAUCUAACAUGCUGAAUUUCACGAUGAAUCUAACUUUAACAGAUACUUGGGGAUUUCCAAGGAAGGGAACCAGCUGUUAUGAUGGAGUUGUUGGUCUAUUAGAAUGUAAUGACACUGAAAUUGGAGCAUUGGCCAUUCUUUAUAAGGAGAGUCGAAUGGAUAGAAUUGACUAUGCUGGAGAGACAUUUGUAUUUGGGUGA